UGCCCGUAGUAUGUGGGGGAGGUUUUGCUGGCGAGAUAAACAAGCAGCCAGCCAUCGUCAGGCAUACGGCAGCAGGAACAUGGCGGCGGCAGUUAACUAUAAUGCUGUUUCACCAACCAGAAGGUCAGAGCUGGACGUAACGUACAGGAUUUAAGAGGAAACAAAACACUACUGAGAGAAGUGAAUAAUGCGCAAAGAUUUCCACUGGUCCCACUGCUGCGGAAAUGCCCUGAGGCCGAGUCUGGACUGAAGCCAAGGUGAUAUGCAUUGAGGAUGAGUGCUGUCGGGGAAAACUCGUCGGACCCUGCCAGGUCAGAGGCUCAAAAGCGCAAGGAAUGCCCUUCAGACCUCCUGGGUCCAAGUCCCAAACGAAGCACUGAGAAACGUAACCGGGAACAUGAAAAUAAAUACAUAGAAGAGCUCGCAGAGCUGAUUUUCGCAAACUUCAAUGAUAUCGACAACUUCAAUGUCAAGCCUGACAAAUGUGCAAUCCUAAAGGAGACCGUCAAACAGAUUCGUCAAAUUAAAGAGCAAGAAAAAGCUGCUGCAGCCAAUGAGGAUGAAGUGCAGAAGGCUGAUGUGUCGUCAACAGGCCAAAGUGUUAUUGACAAAGAUGCCCUUGGACCAAUGAUGCUGGAGGCCUUAGAUGGGUUCUUCUUUGUGGUGAACAUGGAGGGGAACAUCGUGUUUGUGUCAGAGAACGUAACGCAGUACCUGCGGUAUAAUCAGGAAGAGCUGAUGAACACCAGUGUUUACAGCAUCCUGCAUGUAGGAGACCAUAAUGAAUUCAUCAAAAACCUCCUGCCCAAGUCACAUGUAAACGGAGUGCCGUGGUCCAGCGAGAAUCCUCGGAGGAACAGCCACACCUUCAACUGCCGCAUGCUGGUUAACCCUCACAGCGAGGCCGAAGAGGCGCAGGAUCACGAGGCACAGCAGAAAUAUGAGACUAUGCAGUGUUUUGCUGUGUCUGAACCAAAGUCCAUCAAGGAGGAGGGAGAGGAUUUCCAGUCGUGUCUGAUCUGCGUAGCGCGGAGAGUACCCAUGAAAGAGAGACCCAUGCUCCCCACACACGAAAGCUUCACCACCCGCCAAGACCUUCAAGGUAAGAUCACCUCCCUGGACACCAGUCUGUUACGAGCCUCUAUGAAACCUGGCUGGGAAGACUUGGUGCGGAGAUGCAUUCAGCGCUUUCAUCUCCAAAACGAUGGAGAAAUGUCAUUUGCCAAGCGGCAUCAGCAAGAAGUGCUGAGGCAUGGGCAGGCUUUCAGUCCCAUCUACCGGUUUUCCCUGUCCGACGGGACCAUCGUCUCAGCUCACACCAAGAGCAAACUGGUUCGGUCACCUGCUACCAACGAGCCACAGCUCUACAUGUCACUGCACAUUUUACAAAGGGAGCAGCCCGUCUGUGGCAUGACCCCUGAUCUUGGAAAUGCUCAGAAUAUGGGCAAAACCAUGAACCCCAUGAGCUCUCCCAACACAGCAGGUUCCUCCAGCGCCCCCCAGGGACAGGAUGCCACCAUCAGCAGUAACACAUCCACUUUCCCCUCCCCUGGUGGCCAGAAGGAGCCCAGUGCCAUCGGCCCAGUACAGGGCCACCGUUUCGGGUGCCCGGGAACCAUGAGCCAUUCGGCAACCAUGCAGGCGGCCACCCCUCAGGGCAGUGGCUAUCCACUGAAGUUGAGCAGCCCGUCUCAGGGCAGUCCGGGCAUGCUUUCUCCACGCCACCGAGCCAGUCCUGGAGUGGCAGGAUCUCCACGCUUGCCCCCACCGCAGUUCUCCCCAGCAGGCAGCUUACAUUCACCUGCGAGCAUGUGCACUAGCAGUACAGGUGGCAAUGGGGGAGCAGGCAGUAACCAUGGUUACACAAGCAGUUCCCUUAAUGCCCUCCAGGCACUUAGUGAGUGCCACGGCGUGAGCCACGGCCAAUCGCUGGGCUCGCCCGACAGGAAAUUGGGGUCACCAGCCUCAUUGGGCAUCAAUCUUCACAUGUUGAACAAAAUGGGAGCCUCAGAGUCAUUCGGAGAGCAGAACCAAUCAGAGCAGGGUAACAGCGGGCAGGACGAUGGCAUUGAACAGCAAAGAGACGAAAAGGGUAACCUCAGCCAGUUUAACACCCCGGAUGCCAGUGAUCCGCAGAACCGGCUACGUGACAACAAAGGCCAUACUAAACUCCUGCAGCUCCUCACCACUAAAACUGAGCCUAUCGAGUCCACCUCACCCCCUCCAAUGGCUAGUGGAGAGCCCGGGUGUAAGGACCCCACUGGCGGCCUAGGGAAUGGCGGCAUGGGUGCUCAAACUGGAGCCGGGUCACAUGCUACCUCCUUGAAGGAGAAGCACAAGAUCCUUCAUAGACUUCUCCAGAAUAGCUCGUCGCCCGUCGACCUGGCCAAACUCACAGCCGAGGCCACGGGGAAGGAGCUGUCUCAGGAUUCUGCAGGUGGGGCGGCCGGUGGGGCUGAAUUAGCCAUUAAACAAGAGCCCGUCAGCCCCAAGAAGAAGGACAAUGCCCUGCUGCGCUACCUACUGGAUAAAGAUGAUAAUGUUCUUAAGGAUAAAGGCAAGAUGGAACCUGGAGAAAUAAAGGUGGAGGGCAGUAAGAUGCCGGGAAUUAAGACAGAGAAAACUGAUGGCGGCUACGACCGUGUGGAGCCGUCGAGCGAGCUGGAUGAUAUUCUGGAUGAUCUACAGAACAGUCAGCCAGGCCUGUUUGCGGAUUCCCGGCCUGUGUCUUUGCCUGCUGCCGUGGACAAGCAGUCAAUCAUCAAUGACAUCCUGCAGAUGACUGGAGAGGGUGGAGCCAGCAUGGGUCCCCAGCAACAGAGAGCACUACAGGCUGUGGGCCAACAGAAUUUUGGUGCUCCACGACCAGGUCAGCCCGGCAGAGCUCCUCCAGUCAGAAGUGUGUCUUUGGAUAUGAACAUGCCUGCUAAAGGCGCUCAGGGUCAGUACCCUCUGAUGAGGAACAACAGCCCCUACUCGCUCAUGCAGCAGCAAGGCAUGAUGGGAAACCACAGUAUCAUGCCUAAUCAGCCCAACAUGGUCAAUGCAGGAGUCAUGGGUAAUAAUGGUCCCCGUGUAGGUAUGCAACAGGACAGUUGGGGUGCACAGGGUCCUGGUCCCGUCGGUAAUGCGGCCUCACCCGUCACAACUGCUCCCGCCGGCCAGCACUCUCUCACACAGGGGGCGCUCCACUCUCGCAUGGUGCCCAACUCUGGCGCAGGCAUGCCCAUGAGGCCCAGCAGCCAACCUGGACCAAGACAGAUGCUUCAGUCCCAGAUGAUGCCCAACGCCCAGUCAAACAUGGACAUGGGCAUGGCUGGCCACCAGUUUCCCCAGCAACAGGCACCGCCUAAUCAGACGGCUCCAUGGCCAGACAGUGUGAUGCCUAUAGAGCCGGUCCCAUUUGGGAACCAGAAUAGCUCUAUGUAUAGCAGUUCUCAGGAGGAUGUUUUGUGCCCUCCUGCCUCUGAGGGUCCGGCCGAUGAGGGCGCUCUGCUCAGCCAGCUCUACACGGUUCUCAAAGAUUUUGACGGCCUAGAGGAGAUUGACCGUGCUCUAGGCAUCCCGGCUUUGGUGGGACAGGCUCAGCCGGUGGAGCAGGAUCAGUUCCCCGGUCAGGACCCCAGUAUGAUGAUGGAUCAGAAGCCGCCCAUGUACAGUCAGCAGCAGUACGCCGCCUCCCAGGCCCACAUGCAGCAGGGUGGGUACACGUCCAUGCAGGACCCCAGCUUCCAUGGCAUGGCAGGACAGAUGGGGCAGAGGCCGGGCUACCCCAUGCUCCGCAUGCAGGCUAGACCAGGACUCAGGCCCACCGGGGCCGUCCCCAACCAACCCAAUGCACUCAGACUGCAGCUUCAACACAGGCUACAAGCACAGCAGAAUCGUCAACCUAUGAUGAAUCAGAUGGCUGGAGUGCCAAAUAUGAACCUACCUCUAAGACCCAACGUUCCAAAUCAGGGGACAAUCAACGCUCAGAUGCUGGCCCAGCGGCAGAGAGAGUUGCUGAGUAAUCACUUGCGCCAACGUCAGCUGGACCAACAGCGGCAGCAGCAGCAGCAGCAACAACAACAGCAGCAGCAGCAGCAGCGCAGCAUGGUCAUGCGAGCCCAGGGCCUCAACCUGCCGCCAAAUAUGGCGGCAGCCACAGCAGGCAUGCCCGGAGCCAUGAGCAAUCCACGGAUCCCCCAGGCCAACCCCCAGCAGUUCCCCUAUCCGCCCAACUACGGUACAGGACUGGCCUCGCCACCCCCCUCCAACAGCCCUUUCUCCCCCGGUUCUCCCAACCUCCCCGCCCCCCAGCUCCUCUCCCACAACGCCAUGCAUGGCUCUCAGAUGAGUCUAGCUAACCAGGGGAUGCUGGGCAGUCUGAGCGGACAGUUUGGGGCUGUUAUGAGCCCUCAAAUGCAGCACAGUGCCUUUCAGUUCCCCAGCUCAGGUAUGAGUCAGCAGUCGGACGGCGGGUUCGGUGGUGCCACCACCCCUCAGAGCCCCCUCAUGUCUCCCAGGAUGAGCCACGCCCAGAGUCCCAUGAUGCAACAGGCGCAGGGCAACACCUCUUUUCAGUCCUCCCCUGACAUGAACGGCUGGACACAGGGCAGCAUAAAUGCCAACAGUAUGUUCACUCAGCAGUCGCCACCUCAGUUUGCCCAGCAGGCCGGUAACAACAUGUACAAUGGUAACGGCAUGAACCUCAACGUGUCCAUGGCCACCAACUCAAGUAACAUGGGCCAAAUGGGCAACCAGAUGAGCAUGAGCACUAUGAACUCUGGACCUGGGGGCAGCAUGGCCAACAUGGGCCCUGAACAGCAGAAGUAUUGUUGACCCGGGGCAGACGACAUCCCAAUACAGUAAACCAAGUUUAUUGAAGAUGUUUGAUGAGUGAUUUUCAGCUGCAGCGUGAUCAAGGAGAGAUUGGAGUGAUGCUGUGCUGUUUAAGCUGCUAUCGGGGCUGUAGGGGUCUUUAGAGAGCCUGUCUACUGCCCCCUACUGGACAUCUCUAGAGGAUGCAUCAGGGGUACUGGAGCUCAGAGGGGAUGGACACUCUGCCUCACUCUCUUUCUCGCUCACACACACACACACACACACUGACACUUUGAUCUUCUGACACUUUGACCUAGAAUCCCCCGCCCCUCCUUCAGUCGAGCACGGCCUUCUGUCUCGUACUUACACUGCAAGCCCUUUCCGUCAGUCUGCUCCGUUGCAUUCACCGUAGUGUGACUUAGGUCUCUCCUGAAAAGACUCUGUGACAGUGGCAUCGGAAUCCUUGUCUCCCAUGAAUGUAUUCCUCACUCUCUUUUUCCCUGUCUUUCUUCCUGGUUCGUCCACUGGACUUCAGACUCUUCUUAAGAAGACGUUCUUUUGCCCAACCAUCUUUCUCUCUGACUUCUUUCCAAUCUGACGUUCCAAAACAGGCAAGAAGACUGCAUUUAUAAUCCACGCUCAAAAUUCAGCCAUUUUGCCUUUUUGUUUUCUUUUUUUUCUUUUUUCAGUGCAAAUAAACAUAGAAUGAUGUUGAAA